CAGAACGCAAACACGGACGCCUCUUCAUUACUGAGUUCUAGAACGGGCUUUUAUGGAUUUAUGAAGGCCUUAUUUCCCUCAUAUCAGUGAUUCGCGGGUUUCCCUUCAGGGUCUGAGCAGCAUAUACUGAUACUUGAUCCAGCUCUAUUUUUGUCUGCCUUGCAGGAUGCUGUCAUCAGUAUCUUCAGUCCAGAAGGAUAGCCGUGAUGGGACCAGGACAGAUCCAAACCCAUUUAAAAUGCCUGAAGACAACAGCAUCUUUCUCAUGAGGAACGCAGAAAAAGCUUGGAGGAAACAAGAAUAUCAGAAGCAGUUGUGUCUGCCUGUGCAUGAGAAGAAGACGUACACCGGCAGAAUGAGGGCCAGGCAAACUGAGCUCAGGAUGAAACUCAGUGAGGGCCUGGAGGAGGAGGAGGAAGAGGAGGAAGAAGAAAGCAACGCAGACCACACACACACCACUGUCCAGCUCCUCCAGGACACACCUGCAUGCAAGGUGAUCAUGAUCAAAGAUCGUAAUAUUGAAAAAGAGAGCAUACGUGAGUUUAUUGACAAGAAACGAAAGAUGUUCUAUCUGGAGCAUGCUCUUGCAGUAAAGAGAGAAGAGAUUAAGCAGCUGGAGGAGGUGGCGAGUCAUGAAGAGAAGAAGUUGAUGAAAGCCGAAAAGCUCCUAGAGGACGACACCAUCUUGUUUGAUUCAUUUCUCAAAGAAAAUGACAAGAACUCUGUGGAGGCCAUCAAAAUCGCUGAGCAGGAGACCAAAGCAAAGCUGGAGAAAGUAGCUGAGAUCAAGAAGAUCACUGCCAAAAUGGUGGCCAUUAAGAGUGACAUCUCUAAGUAUGAGGACACACUGCAGGAGUACAAGCUCUAUAAAGACUUUCUGUUCAAGCUUUCUCCUCCGGAGUGGCAGGAGAAACAGAGAGAGAAGAACAGACGCUCUCCUAAAACUACAUCUGCCAAUGAAAAGAGAGAGAGUGAGGUGAAGAGCAGAGAGACGGACAGAGGGAAAAAGACCCCCCAGUCUGACAGAUGCAGGGAGAAGAGGAGCUCUGUCGGAUCUCGAGAGCUGCCCCCUCGUGAGGGCAGAGCUACAUCCAGACACAGUGUGAAGUCGACUCCUCAGAGUGGAAAAAUAAGUUCUAUAUCUGACACAGACAGCUCAGAAUAUGAGGAGGAUCCGGAGCUGUACUUCACAGAGCCUCAGCAGCUGCUGGACCUACUGAGUGAGCUGGAGGAACAGAAUCUCUCAUUGAUCCAGAACUUGCAGGAGACUGAGGAGGGCCUGGAGGAGUUCAGACAGACUAUGGAACAGACUCGCAAGAACAUGGAUCAUGAAGCAGACCAGCUGAAGCGGCAGAUUGAUGUUAUGACAGAGACCAUUCAGAGAGAGAAAGAGAGAACCACAGAACUAGAGCUCAAAGCCAGACUCUUCAACUUUGGAAAGUAUAAAGCAGAGGAGGACGACACUCUGAAUGCACUGAGCCGGAAGGUGGAAGAGGUGUAUCGGAGCUGUGUAGGAGACAGUGAGGCCAACCUGAGUACCCUGCAGAUGCUAACAGCCAUUGAGGGCCGGCUGGGAGAGCUGCUGGAGAACGUGGAGAUGAUUCCUAGUGACCGGCUUGCCAUUGCUGAGAAAGCCAAAGAGAAAGAGAGGAGACUCAGAUUGCGGGAUGAGAAGAUCUAUCUGCAGAAGCAACACCAGGAAGAGAGAAUGAAGAAAGCUAUGGAGAGAGCUCAGGCCGAGAUCAAGAAAACGACUGGUAGGAAGCUGAUGCCUCGCUCUCAGCCUCCUGUUCGCAAACUCAAGAACAACCAGCAUGAUGACAUUGCAGACAAGGAGAAGGAGGAGCACAUGUACUUCUUCACCUAAAGCACCUGUUGUUUACUAAUGACUUGCAUACUGACAUGACCACACUCAUAUACUGAUUGGAACCCCCUAAACCAAAGUACAUGGAGUUUAUUAGGUAUAUUACUACCUACACAUUAAUUUUACAUUCCAGCAACUCCUACAUCACAUGACUGGCGUGUAUGGUAUCUAUCAGACAGGUCAGCAUUUCUAGCACUAGAUAAGUGAGUGUUAUAAAGGCCAGAGUGAGUGAUCCUAGUGACUAAUAUUUGAUGCCAUCAUGUCACUGUGGAAUCUCCCAAACCAUGGGGAGAUCAUCUUUUCAAGCUUUUAGUGCACAACCUGUCUGAAGGGUGUACUGAGAAAGAUCCAAAAAGCAGAAACUGGCAGUUUUGUGAAGGGUCAAUGGAGAACGCAGAGAAUCAUGCAAGCAAACAGAUAAGCCACAACCAUUAAUCAGGCAAAUUCUAUCCAAUUUCAGUGCUGGACCAUCAUCUCAGAACACACAUCUCGGCUUUGUCUCGAAUAGACUACAACAGCCAAAGACCACGUCAACCUCCAAAAUUGUCAGCUAAGAACAAUUAGAUGCAUCUCCAGGGACCAUCAAAUCUGGACCAUUGAGGAGGAUAAAAAGCUGCAUGGUUGGAACAAGGCUGGGCCUUUAUUCCCCAAACCACCUUAGAAGUAGGAUUGGUGAUCUAGAGUCAAUCAUGGUGAUAAAUAUAUAGGAAUCUUAUAUCAGCUCAAAUCAAAUCACAUUUGUCACAUAUUUAUACAAGUGUGAAGGUAAGUGAAAAUCUCAGGUGCAUAACCCCCUUGUAAUACUUAAAUAUACAAUAUAUUUGUAUAUACACACACAACACUAAAUAAGGGUAUACACAUUAAUAUACACCAGUGUUGCACCAUUACAAUAUAAAGUUUGUACUAUAAGAUAUUAAAAGCUAUGAUAUAUACAGUUGUACACUUUGCAUGUGCAAUACGAGUUACACAUAUGAGUUUUAUCUAAAUAAAUAAAUCAGAUGCAGGGUACACAGGUGGUAGAUUAUUGAUAUAUAGAUAUUCCAGAUUACAAGAUUGUUACAGGACAGCAGGGAGGCAGACCCAAGUGCAGAGAGGAAAACCUGUGAGAAAGGGUGUUAAAUGAAUUUUAUUGAGGUGUUGGGAGUGUGAGUUUGGCAAUUGUACAUAGAGGAGUUGAGGUGGUUCAGAACCAGGCUCAAACUGCCAAAACACCUGAACGAACGGGAAAUGAAAAAAACACGCCUCUCUGUGAACUCAGGGACUUUCCAGUGUCCACAAUCUCCUAUGCAGACAGACCUAACCUUUGUGAGAGAAUUAAUAUUCUGUUAACCAAUGGUACCUUUUGGUUAUUGAUUAUAACAUCUAAUCUAUUUGAUUACUGAUUAAGGGAAUAUUUGUUUAAAAACUCCAUCAAAAGGAAGGUCAACUUUUUUUUUCGCUUUUUGCAUGGCUUGGAGCCGUUUCUUGUUCGCUCCUGUUUGGCUUUUAAGUAGUUUGAGGCAAUUUCUCUUGUUUUUCCAGCCCUCUUUUCUUUUUGUUUAAAUACCCACCUGGGCUAAGCAGCCCUCUGCUGGUGGCCUGUGGCGCAAGCUAGGCCCUUACUUGCAUAGAAGAUGUACAAGAUGUCAGGAUGCUUUAGUCCAGGUCUGGGAGGAGAUCCCUCAGCAGACCAUCCGCCACCUCAUCAGGAGCAUGCCCAGGCAUUGUAGGGAGGUCAUAC